AGGUGUGGUGGGGAAGGGUUAAACCCAGCAGGUGGCCCCUCACAACUGGUGUUCCCAGGGCUCAGUACUGGGACCAGUCCUCUUGAGUGUCUUUCAUCAGUGAUCUGGCUGGGGGGUGUGGUCACCAGUUGUGGUGUUGUGAGGGUCUCCAGGAUGAGGUGAGAGAUGAGAGAUGAGAAUGGACUCCAUGUUCUCAGAAGGCUAAUUUAUUAUUUUAUGAUAUAUUAAAAGAGAAUGAAGUACUAAAACUAUACUAAAGAAAGAGAAAGAAGACUUCAGAAGGCUGGACAAGAAUGAAUAAUCAAAACUCAUGACUGAGCAGAGUUCUGACACAGCUGGACUGGGAUUGGUCAUUAAGUUAAAACAAUUCACAUGCUGGGUGAACAAUUCUCCCAAUCACAUUCCAGAGGAGCAAAACGUGGAGAAGCUGAGGCUUCUCAUCUUGCCAGGAGAAGAAAUCCUGGUGAAGGGAUUUUUCAUAAAAUAUCACAGUGACAGGGGGGUUGAGUGCACUCUUAGUAAGCUGGCAGACACCAGCUUGGAUGGUAUUUUUGGGAGGGUGGGAAAGCUCUGCAGAGGGCUCUGGCUGGAUCCAUGGGGCAAGGCCACUGGUAGGAGGCUCCUCAGGGCCAAGUGCUGGGCCCUGCUCCUGGGUCACAACAAGCCCAUGCAGUGCUCCAGGCUUAGGGAAGAGGGCCUGGAAAGAGAAGGACCUGGGCAUGCUGGCUGGCAGGGGCUCAAAGUGAGCUCAGCGUGCCCAAGCAGGCCAGUGGCACCUGGCACCAUGGACACGUGGGCACCCAGCACAGAAUAGGGAUCCCUCACCCAGACAGGAAAUCCUGACUGCCCUGAGCAGGAGCAGGGCAUGGCCAGGCAGGUGUGAUUCCUCCCCUAAACAUCUCUAGUAAAUCUUGGAACCAUCUGAGAUGCUUUUCUCCCUCCAUUCCAUAAUGGGUCCUUUAUCUCCCGGGCACUAACUCUGCCUCAGGCUGUGAGCUGCCCCUGAAGCUGUUCCCACUGACCCACGGGAACAGGUCCACACCCAGCCAGGGGCUGCUGGAUCUCCUGGCACAGCCCUUGGAAGAGGUGGAUCAGUGUCCAUUUCUCUGUUAGGUUUCUCUCUGGUUUCUCUACCUGCUGGUGGGCAUCUGUGCCCCUUUGUGUACAUGUAGACCAAGUUUUUAUUGUAUAACUAGAAACAUUCACUUUGUAAAGGAGCAGAGAAGGGUUUUAAUCACUGCCCUGAAGGCUUUACUGAUAGAACAAUCCUGUAGCAAUGACUGAACUUUUAUUUCAAAGCACAGUUGAACACAAGCUCCAGGGCAGCAAGUUGUGAGAGUUAUAAUUUGGGAGUCUGUGGUGGGGAGAGUUAUAAUUUCCCUUUUCUCAUCUUGCAAAGGGGAGGAGUGACUACACUGCCAUGAAAAUCAUUUUAGUUCUGCUCCAAUUAUCACAAGGUUCCUUCAUCUGCACGUGUCCUGAUCCACAUGACAUGAAGCCCUACAAGAACUUUUUAAUGAGUCCCACAGUGACAAAAUCAAGUUUUGCUAAUUAUAUUAUUGUUAUUCUUUUUUGAAUAAUCAGAAGUGCAAAGGGAUUUGGGUUUUUGCUUUCUUCUUGUAUCCCAUCAUUUCCCUUAACAAAGGCAUCAUGAAUCCUAUAAGGGAUGGUUGUUGGAGUCUUCUGCUGGAGGGAUAAAGAAUGGAAUCAAAGAACAUCACCACCACUGUGACAGAAUUUGUCCUGCUGGGCCUGACACAGAGCCACAAGCUGCAGUAUUGUCUCUAUGUGAUCUUCUUUCUCAUCUAUGUAAUAACCUGGCUGCUGAACUUCACCAUCAUGGCCACUGUGGCUGUGGACCACCAGCUCCACACUCCCAUGUACUUUCUCCUGGCCAACCUCGCUUUCCUUGAUGUCAGUGAUUCCUCAGUCAACACUCCCAAGCUGCUGUCAGGCCUCCUCACCCAGCACAAAGUCAUCUCCUUCAACCAGUGUUUCCUCCAGAUGUUCUUCUUCCAUUUCAUUGCAGGUGCAAUGGCGUUUUUGCUCCUGGCCAUGAUCGUGGAUCGCUACGUGGCCAUCUGUGAGCCCCUGCGCUACCUGGCCAUCAUGAGCUGGAGCACCUGCACAGGGCUGGUGGCAGCUGCAUGGCUGGGGGGAUUCCUUCAUUCUGCUACUCAAACUGGCCUUCUCCUCCAGCUGCCCUUCUGUGGCCCAAAUGUACUGGACAAUUUCUACUGUGAUGUCCCUCAGGUUAUCAAACUGGCCUGCACUGACACUCGCAUGGCCGAGCUGCAGAUGGUGUUUAACAGUGGAGUGAUCCUCAUCAGCCUUUUUGUAAUCUUGAUUCUUUCCUACAUUGUCAUCUUGCUGAAGAUAAGGACGUGCAUCACAGAAGGGAAGCGAAAAGCUCUGUCUACCUGUGGAACACACAUAACUGUUGUGAGCUUAAUAUUCAUCCCCUGCAUCCUCACCUAUGCCCAGCCUUAUAAGAAAUCCCCUGGGGACAAGGUGGCCUCUGUUGUUUUCACUGCAGUCACUCCAAUGCUAAACCCAAUGAUCUACACUCUCAGAAACACUGAGAUGAAAAAGGCCAUCAGGAGAACACUGAGGAAAAUAUUUCUGUCAGCAGGAAAACAGAAACCAGAGUGGACAGUAGAUCCAAAGUCAUCCAAACUGGUGUUCCCAUGACAAAACUGAUAUUCCUGAUCAACUGAUACUGUUCAUCCCUGAUAUUCCUGUAUAGAAGAAUGUAGGGUGCCCCCAACUCUGGGAAUGGUUGGUAUUUGACUCUGUUGAUUCAGAAUGUUAACAAUUGCUUUAUUAAACUACACUAUAUUACAUUAAAUAAAGUUUUCUUUGCCUCUUCA